AUGCCUGUCCACUAUAGCACCUCCUCGAGCGUCUACUCGCCAGUCGAGUCAAAUUUUGCUUUUCGUCGUGACGAACUCGAACAACUUAACGAAGAUGCUGAUGAAGAAUACACCAACGAACAACGACAAAUGAACACAGAACCCAGCACUCUGACGUUCCAGACUUACGUCACGGCUCACAGUGGCAGCGAGCAGAGCGAAAACUCGCUUGCAGUGCCUGGUGCUUCUGCUGGAGUGUACGAUACUACUCCAAAACUUGAUAACGUUCCCGAUUUUGUCAACGACGAAACCCCUAUAAUAGGCAACGACGGGUUUUUCCAAAAUGGCACCGGCCCUUCCAGGUCGUCGCUUUUGCCACACCAAGAACUCCACUCGAGAUUUAAACGUCUCUCAGUCACUCUUCAGCUGUCGUCUAACGGCACCUCUGGAGACUCGUACCUCUUCAAAAACUCAUUUCAGCAAAACGUUGAUCGUGUGAACAAAGACAAUAAUCAAUUGCCAUACGACAACCGCACCAGUGCUUACUACAAGCGUAUUGACGAACCCUACGGUCCAGAUAGCUCGUUUGACGAUGAUACUCAAAUACAGAACGAUGCAGAGUCGUCGGUCGCCCGUGAUCGCUCGUCCGUGAUAAGCACUUCCUCUUUCAGCCGCUCAAGCGCCAGCAGUAGCAGAGCGUCUCUGAUCCGGAACUAUGUCACCAACAAGGAACGUGCUCGUUUGGCGCAAGACACAGAAACCGUUACUAGUGGUACCGAUAAGACCAUCUCAAACAGCUCGCUGACUAACUUUAAUUUCAACCAAGAUGCAUCGUUUGUCAAUUUCCGUGGUCUGCGUGUCUCUCCCACCAAACCAAAAGCUGGCUCAACUUUGGAGGAUGUUCCCAUUCGCCGUGACUUGGUUUACAAGUUUGAUCAGGAAAAUGGAUCAAAGAACGAGCUCAGUGAAAAGGAAAAGAACGACUUGGCCAUACACAGUGCAGCACCUUCUCUUGUAGGCGAUUCUUAUGGCGAUUCGUCUCUUGAUCCUCGAUCUGCGGAUGCGUCCCAUUUGGAUGAGUCUUCUACCGCUGAAACCACGGUGGAUAGCAUACCAAACUCUAUGUCAUCAAAGAUCCAAGUGGAUGAGGAGAAUCUUGCUUCUUUGUUCAUACGAGCAAUUCAUCCGUUUGACUCUUCGACCCUUCAAUCGGAAUCAGAUGCUUCCAUUUGUCUCUCUUUUGAUAAAGGAGACUUGGCUUUUGUCCAUACUAUCGAUGAAUCAGGCUGGGGAGAAGUCACACUCGUUGAGUCAUUGCAGCGCGGGUGGAUUCCUAUGAACUAUUUUACGAUCGGGGUUGAAGAGGACCUUGACGGAGCAGAACCGUUCGACGACGACGAUAUUGGAGCCAUUCCGAACAGUAUCUACCUCAAGCCUUUAUUUCACUCAUGUGGCAAGUUUUUGACAAACCCACUUUCACACAAGAACCGUCACGGAAAGUACACGUUUUCGAUACGAGUAAUCAACAUGAUUCGGGACGGUGUCAGAUUGCUCCUUCAAGAGACUGAUUGCUUGUCAAGAGCCAACGAAAUUGUCACAAAACGGCCAGUGGUGCGUAAGACCAGAAAGUCUUUGCUCGCAGACUGGUAUAAUCUUAUGUUGAAGGCGAACGAUUUCAAAGGCACUUCGAAUUUCAACAAGAUAGAGGUAUUAACUUUGAUGGUGUAUCAAGUGAUACGUAAGGCUACAGCAUUUCUUCAAGUCUGGUCCAUUGAAAGCAGACAAAUCGUAAAGAGAGAUACGGAGCGGGCACUUCAGAGCGAUAUGAACAAUCAUCCUUUACUUCCUUCGCCUCCCCAAGCAAAGCAAAGGGUGACCGAAAUCAAUGGUCUCUUGUAUUCUUACUUGGGUUUGAUUAUCGGACGUCUUGACUUGGUGGAGCACAACCCUGUUGGUUGUGACAUGCUUGAGGUUUUGACCCAUCAAAUCAUCUUACUUCUCAGAGAACUUCUCUUUAUAUCAAAAACAGGCUCAGACUUUUCGGCGGAGAAACCAGCUGAACUAGAUGACUCUUUAGACUCGCUAUUGUCGUUAGUGAGUGAUCUUGUCACGGAUGUCAAAGCACUUGUCCUGAAGACGCUCAAUGAAACCGAGGAAGACAAGAAUGUUUAUCUCUCUAAGAGAGCAAAUAAGAGUGCUGGUCCAAAAGACUACCACUACACUGCCGAGGGAGGAGCAUUAAUUCAGAUUGCUGCCAAAAUGAUAAAGUCCAUUUCUGGUACAGUAUCUGCAAUUCGUAAACUUUUCGAAGUCACUGGUGAUUUCAAAUUAAACGCCGAGCGUUCUUACCCUGAUUACGCUAAAAUGAAGAUAGACCCAGAAGAAUUUGUCAAGAAAUGCACUAUUGGAAUGGUUCAAUAUCAAGAUUUGACGAAAAAACAGAUGAAAGAAUACAUGCCUGCCAAAAAGCAGGCAUCUAAUAGGUUCUCGAUGAUGCGUAGAGGGCAAACUGGAGCAUUGGAUAUAACACCUGGUGGUCUCAGUAUGCUACACGACGUUAUGCCCAACGAAAAUGGAAAAUUUGGAGAUGAUGAUGCUUUCAAACCAUUCACCAACCAAUCAGAUACUGUCAAGCAUAACAUCAAUGAUGAGCUUCUUGUUGAUAGCAACGGCAAUUUAUUGGGCGCCUCAUUCAAAGGAUUGGUUUACACGUUGACGAACGAAGACUCGCCCCCAGAAUACUUUUUCGUGUCUACCUUUUUCAUCUGCUUCCGAACAUUUACAAAUGGUAUCGAUUUGAUUGAAGAGCUAAUUACUAGAUUUGAGCUUGGUAACAACUCUCAGAAUGUGGACAUCAACUAUGAAAUAAAACUCAAGAAUCGGAGGCGGUUGAUUGUCAAGAUGUUCCAAUUGUGGUUGGAAUCCUAUUGGAAUCACGAAGCUGAUUCUCCAUUGUUGACUACAUUCAUCAACUUUUUCAACGAAGGUGUCGCCAACUACUUGCCCCUUGACGCUAUGAAAUUGUUAGAGGUAGCAGCAAAGUUGUCUUCCAAGCCGCUAAUCGAGAACCAAGGUAAGUCUCGCAAAGCGAAACCUGCAAAGCAGUUGAUAACUCGUAGUAUUACUGUCACAAGAAUGAACAGGAAAAAUGCCACCGAAAGAACUUUUGUUGACAGCACCUUGAGUUCACGGUAUUCGAUGGUAGACGGGUAUGAGUUGAGUAAAAUCAACACCAACUCGUCCACUUCAAGCUCUUUGAAAUCAAUGACCCUUCCUAUGCCACUUGGUGUUGGAAACCAGACCUCCUCGGCUAAUUCGCUCCUCACUAAAAAUCAGUUGAUUACGAUUGAAAAUGUCAAUUUGACGUACCGUGCAAUCUUGGGAGAAAGCUGGUGUAGUGAAAAGUUCAUCAGUACGAAGGAGUUUAUACCAUUGCCAUUGGGUAUCAUGUUGGACAAUUGGUACAAGAUAUGUGAUCAAAGUUGGGUGUUAUCUAAUUAUCGACCCAAUUUACUUGACUUCAAUGGUUUAGAAAUCGCCAAGCAAUUGACUCUCGUGGAAUCGUAUAUCUUUUGCAGCAUCAAACCGGAGGAAUUGUUAAACGAAAACUACACAUCGAAGCGGGCGCAUCUUAAUUUGGCGCCGAACGUCAGAAAAUCUGUUUUGUUUACAAACAGUUUGUCGUCAUAUGUAUUGGAGUCGAUUUUGCAGCCCAAGAUCAAUAUCAAGAUGAGGGUGAAUAUGGUGAAGACAUGGCUCAAAGUUGCAAUUUCAUGCUUGUACUUACGGAACUUCAACUCGCUUGCGGCAAUCAUCACAGCUUUGCAAUCUCAUUUAGUCACGAGAUUGGAUCGCAUAUGGGUGGAACUUUCCGACAAGUACACUGAAUUGUAUGAGUAUUUGUCUGGUAUAGUGCACCCCAACAAGAACUAUAACGUUUACCGUACAAAGUUGCGGAACUUCUUGGUGGCCAAUGACUACAACAUUCCCAUUGUGCCCUACUUCCAGUUGUUUUUGCAAGAUUUGACGUUUGUCAUGGAUGGAAAUCCAAAUUUCAGAAAGGCUAACACUUUCCUCAAUCAAAAGUUGAUCAACAUUGACAAGUAUUUGAAGGUUACUCGUAUCAUUGCAGACAUUGAAAGCUUGCAAACACCAUAUGGAUCACAAGCAAUAUCUAAGGAAGUCUCUCGCAACAGUUUCUUUGGCGGUAAUGGUAAGCCCCAGGAAUUGGAGGACUACAAUAUUGUAGCUUCACCUCACUUGCAAGAGUUGUUAUUACUCGAGAUAUGGAAGGUGUGUCAGCUCAACAGGAAAGAAGACGAUCGCGCAUGGAAACUUAGUUGUUUGAUACAACCCCGUGAAGGACAAACAGUAAAUAAUGUAUUAUAA